AUGGCUGUUGCAUUAAUUCCGAUUGUGAACUGCAUGUCAAAGAUCAAGUUGCCGACGAGCACGCCACCAUUUGUAUACAGAACAUUACCACAGAUCGUGUGCUAUGUUGUAUACGGGGUUAUCUUUGUGGUGCUAACUGUAUUGGUCUGUUUGAACGCCCGGAAGGUCUACCGAAAUGUGGGUCUGAACUCGGCUGCCUCUUCCCCCCGGCUUCAACAACAGCCCUGGUCGCACCACCUUUCUAGCGGCUUGAUCCCUCGGCGAAGGUUCCUUGGAUUGGCCCACUUCCCGCGAGGCGACUUUCCGCGAGGCGACUUCUCGCGAGGCGACUUCUCGCGAGGCGACUUCCCGCGAGGCGACUUCCCGCGAGGCGACUUCCCACGAGGCGACUUCCCACGAGGCGACUUCCCACGAGGCGACUUCCCUGUCGCAGAUUGUCCCACCGACUUCCCCAGAAAUAACGCUCAAGACGACCUCAUCGGAACCGCCAAAGGAGAUAUCGGACGACGUCGUCUCAGCCGACGCAGACUACGCCAAAGUCUUCGCUUCAGCAGGAAACCCAGCCGCGUGACGCCCAGCCUUAUGAAACCCAGCCUUGUGAGGCCCACGCUCAACGAGCGGCUACAGACUGGGGCGGGUUACAGAGCCGAAGGUUACCGAGGCGAGGAGGCAUUUCGAGAAGGAGGCUUUCUCGAAGGCGGUUUUCGAGAAGGCGGUUUUCGAGAAGGCGGUUUUCGAGAGAGAAGGACUAAGCCGCUGGUGCGGGGACCGUACUGGUGGCUGUUGCUAGGCAAUAUCGAGCUGUUUCGAUAUGACUUGAAUUCGUUGUUGUGUGGCAAUUCAAUUUUCCGUGUGGAUGUAUUCUGGUCGAUGAGUAUUAAGUACAGUGCGCCAUUGUUGUUGACGUUAUUAUUGUACCACCAGGCGGAAGAUGCAGAUGGUAGCAUAUCUGGGAACCGUUUUACCCGUGGUUACCUAGGUGUAAUGAACCCUGAAAUUGUGCCUACGAACCGGUUCCAACUUAAGAUGUCUGUGAACAUCCCUAUUGCUGUGGCCUUAUGUGCGGCCUUGCUUACGACCACGAUAAGUAUCCGCAACCCAGGAUUCUGCAGACGCCUUGGACCACCCAGCUCGUCCAUACCCGCUAUGUCUUGGUGGCCACGACGAGAGUUCAACUUACGGGGACCCCGCGCCUGGCAAACAUUAAAGCAACUCUUCUUCCUCGAAUUUACCAGACAUCGCAGUCAAGACCUCGAUGAACACAGCAGCGAAGAACCCGACAACUUUGCCGCCGCAGAGAAAUGCGCUGAUAUCAUCCUUGGACGUAUCGACGAUUCAGAUGACCAACACAUACCCGAAACCUCCGACGAUCUUUUUUCAUGA